AUGGAUCCCAAUCAAGCCGGUGGGGGAGGGUCCAACAACUCCAGCGACUUUGUGCGCAAGCUGUACAAGAUGUUGGAAAACCCGAGCGACGAGAGUGUUGUGCGAUGGGGGAAUGAUGGCGACAGCUUCGUUGUCCUAGAAAACGAGAAGUUCACAAAACACAUACUUCCCAAGCAUUUCAAACACAGCAACUUUGCUAGUUUCGUCCGCCAGCUGAACAAAUACGAUUUCCACAAAGUCCGUCAUAACAACGAAGAGAAUGGGCAGUCGCCCUAUGGGCCAGGAGCCUGGGAGUUCAAGCACCCUGAUUUCAAGAUGAACAACAAAGAUGCGCUCGACAACAUCCGUCGAAAGGCUCCUGCGCCGCGAAAACCAAACCAAGCCGCCGCCGAAGAGUUCGCACCCUCACAACAGAUGGACAUGGUUAGCGGUCAAUUGAUGGCCACACAAGCUCAGCUGCAUGCGCUGGAGAGCCGCUAUAGUGAACUGAGCAUCCACCAUUCCAUGCUUCUACAGGAGGUCAUUGGGCUACAAAAAACGGUCGUCAACCACGAGCAUGUUAUGCAGCAGAUCAUGACUUUCCUACAUGGUGUCGACGCGACACAGAGGAGAAACAGCAAACUUAUCUUCCCCAACGGCGCCGACUCGCAGAACGGCAGUAUGGAGCCUCCUUCCAACACGGAUGACGACAACCCUGCUUCGCCCUUGCAGCACGCUUCUAAGCUUCUCAGCGAGACGAACGCGGACGCCAUGCUGAACCCCCGGAAUUUGGAGCAAAUGAACGAGAUCACCAUGCGCAUGAACGGGACAUUAACAACGCCACCGCCCGACUUCGCGCGAGCAGCAGCACGACCGACGAGCCGCGGUCCACCAUCUGCAACCUCAACCAACUCAAUGCGCCUAGAAAACCUCGACAACCUUGUUUAUCCCGUCGGUUCCAAUAACGGCAUCGACCCCAUGUACAGCGAGCAUAUCAACAACAUCCCGUAUGCCGCUCCGCCGAAAGCGGCCGAGGUCAGCGAGCCCAGAAUUCCAGAACCGAGAAAGAAGAAUACCAUCCCAGACCCAGGGUGGAUCAGACCUCCCCAGAUCUUGCUGGUCGAAGACGAUCCCACUUGUCGUCGAAUCGGAAGCAAGUUCUUGUACGCCUUCCAUUGCUCCAUUGAUAGUGCUCUCGACGGUUUGGAGGCGGUCAACAAAAUGAACGCUGGAUCCAAGUAUGAUUUGGUUUUGAUGGAUAUCAUCAUGCCGAACCUCGACGGUGUGUCAGCCUGCCAUCUGAUUCGACAAUUCGAUACUACUCCUAUCGUUGCCAUGACUUCCAACAUCCGAAGCGACGACAUCUCAAUGUAUUUCCAACAUGGCAUGAACGACGUUCUCCCUAAGCCAUUCACCAAAGAAGGUCUAUUGCACAUGCUAGAAAAACACCUUGUGCACCUCAAGAAGCCAAUAGCUCAAGCUGACGGAUCUAUGGUUGCACCUCAACCUGUGCAAAUCGCACGUCAGUUGGUUCUCAAGGAAGAGGACUCUCCGGCCAAGUCCCCCCAGACUGUCAGCAACUGGAACUCACCAAACCAAAUGCCGGGCGUUUCUCCAGUUGGUACCACAGUUCCGGACGAUUUUGCACAGGCAAUGCGCGGCCAGCCAGUGCAGCACCCGACUCCCUACGGCGUGAAUCCCAUGCAUGGGAACAUGGGAUAUAACACCUCGCCACACAUGCAAAUGCAACCACAGCAACAAGCACAAUUACCGCCAGGUCACCGUCGUCAGGUCUCGGAGAUAUCUGGAGGUGACGAUCUGAACAACCCAGCCAAGCGUCAACAAAUGUACCCACCUCAGAUGCAGCAGCAGAUGGGAGGAAUGCAACCGCGCCCACGUUGA